CUGAACCUCGCUCACAUCGUGGGAGUCUCCACUUCUGAAUAACCACUUUUACAAUGAAGCCCGAUCUGAAUCUAUUCUUUUUCUUUUUCAGUACUUUAGAUGUUACUCUCCUGGAAUAUUGUCCAACUCAUUGCAAGUGUGACUGGGAGAUCUACAGUGUGUCGUGUGUUGGAGCUGAGGCCAUGCCAGUAUUCCAUUCCAGCACACAGGAGGUUUGGCUUGUGGGUACCAAACUUUCUUCUCUUCCUCCAAAUGCAUUUGCCAACUUGGCCAACAUUGCUCACAUAUACAUCUCUGACGAUGAUACUAUACGAUAUCUUGAGAGGCAUUCUUUCCACAACCUGUCCAGGGUCACUCACAUACAACUAACUGGUAUCAAAACACUGUCAUACAUCGACCAAGAGGCAUUUAAAAAUCUUCCUAAUUUAAAGUACCUUGGGAUCACCAACACAGGUCUCACCUCCUUUCCUGGACUACAAUAUAUUCAGUCCAGCAAAGAUGAUUUUAUUUUGGAGAUAGUGGAGAAUGUCUUCUUAGAAUUUAUACCUGCUAAUUCUUUCAAUGGAAUAUCUGAGAAUGCUUUGACCAUUAUGCUGAAUAGCAAUGGUGUGAAAGAGAUCCAGCAAUAUGCCUUCAAUGGGAGCAGACUGGAGGAACUGUAUCUUCACAGGAAUGUGGAUCUGGAACGAAUAGAUGAAUUUGCAUUUCAUGGCGUGAUUCACGGCCCAACGCACUUGGACCUUUCAGAAACCAAAGUUAGCUCUCUUCCUUCAAUGGGUAUGGAGACCAUUGAAAAGCUCCAAGCUAAAAACACUUGGGCCCUCAAAGAACUGCCCCCUUUUAAGGCCUUUCUUCAUCUGCAAAGUGCCGAAUUGACAUUCCCAAGCCAUUGUUGUGGUCUCAAAAUGUUGAAAAGAUGGAGUGGGAACUCUGAAGCAGUUAUUUGCAACCUGACCCGGACUGCUCAGGGAAAGCUGCAGGAAUCCUCUGCAGCUUUUACUCAGAGGUAUCUGGGCGACAAAAUCUACCAUCAUCUGAACAACAGCUCUGGUCUCCCAACUGCUAAGAGCAGAAACCACACUCAUUACUGUAACAACCCCAUUUGCCCAACUGAACAGUCUCAAAAGGAGGGUUUGUUUUACGUGGAGUUACCUACAGAGCAUCCCAAUGAAGGUUUUGACUUUGCAAUGUGUGAUGAAGUUCACACAGAAAACCAUGGACUCUUGUGCACACCGUUGCCAGAUGCCCUGAACCCCUGUGAGGAUGUGAUGAGUCAAGGCUUCCUGAGGGUUUUGGUGUGGGUGGUCAGUCCGUUGGCCAUUUCGGCCAACUUGCUGGUGUUGUUCAUACUCCUGACCAGCCAACAGAAGAUGUCAGUUACCCGUUUCCUGAUGGGUCAUCUUGCAUUUGCAGACUUUUGUAUGGGGAUAUACUUACUGCUUGUUGCGUCGGUUGACCUCUACACACGCUCCCAUUAUUACCACUAUGCAAUUGCCUGGCAAACAGGAGGUGGCUGCAAUCUAGCAGGGACAAUAUCAGUGUUUGCCAGCGAGCUAUCUGUGUACACACUAACUUUAAUCAGUCUUCAGCGCUGGCAUGCCAUCUUCUACGCAAUGAGGGCAGACCGGAAAAUAAGGUUACGCCAUGCAGCUGUGUUGAUGCUCGUUGGCUGGCUGCUGUGUGCGCUCCUGGCAAUGUUUCCAUUGGUUGGUGUGAGCAGUUACCAGAAAGUGAGCAUCUGCUUACCCAUGGACACUGAGACCGCUGCUGCUCGGGUUUACGUGGUCUCUGUGCUAUUGGUGAACGUUAUAGCUUUCAUGGUGGUAUGUUUAUGUUACCUCCACAUCUACUACAUGGUGCACAAUCCCCAGCACCAGUCCAGCAUUUCCGAUACCAGCAUGGCCAAACGGAUGGCUGUUUUAAUUUUCACCAACUUCCUGUGUCUGGCUCCCAUUUGCUUUUAUGGCUUGUCUGCGGCUUUCCACCAACCAUUGAUGACUGUCACAGAUUCCAAGGUGCUGCUGGUGCUUUUCUAUCCUCUAAACUCUUGUGCGCACCCAUUUUUUUAUGCUAUCCUGACAAAGGCAUUCCACAGAGACAUCCUAAUGCUGCUUAGCCGAAUGGGGCUAUGCCAGCGGCAAGCACACCUCUAUCGAAGCCAACUUGUCUGUAUGCUGCCCUACAGCCCAGCCCCCCUAUCCCAAAAUAUUCAAGUACAGUAAUUGCCAGCCUUCAAGAUGUCCUAAAGUUGCUUUUAAUUGUUUGCUUUUAAGCACUUCUUUCUAUUUCAUCCGUACGCAUUUUUCCACUACAUAAACCAUUCGGCGGGUAAAAUAUGUAGGUUCUCUGGGAAAGGCCAGCUUUCUAACCCUUAUGCUUGAACAAUUUAGGGCGGGUUUGUGUUUUGUUGUAGGUCAUAUCUUUGGUUGCCCCCCACCCCCCUGUAUGUUUUUUGUUGGGUGGCACUGACUGAUGCACGGACAUAAAGAUGACAUGACUUGAUGUAGUUAGUCAAGCCAAUGUUUUCCUUCCUCUCUUUCUGUCUUUGUGGCUCUCUCAUUAUCCCAGAUCUUUUGAACUGUCAGAUUUGUUAUGCUUUUUUCAGACUUUUUCCCUAAAAUGGGUGUGUAUUUCAUAGCUCACAGUUGUUAACAUUAUAGCCUGGGUGAUUUUCAUCUCACCUCUCUGGAAUUUGCAUGGUGUCUGGGCUUGUGUUUUGGUUUGUUUGCCAAUCACUGUCCAUUUCUAUCCACCCAAAAUCUUUGAUUAUGUCACAAUAAUAAAGGCAAGAAGUAAACUGAACACAUAAGAGGCAGGGAAAUACAAACUAAAACAUAACCGACUAAACAUAAACCAAAAGACCAUGGACAAUCAAAUUAAUACGGCUGGCGUUACCGUAGUUUUGAACUGAUCUACAGUGGUCACUUGCACUAAAACAUUUAAUUAAUUAAAUGAAAAAAAAGACUGUGUUCUCAUUGAUAUAAAGGUCUUGGCAUUGGCAGUUUUAGUAUGUAUUAUCAACUGCUAGGUAUAUUUCCUCACCAGAACUACAACUAAUGCAAAAUAUUUUCUAACAUAAUAUUAAGAUAAGGAUAAGAUACAUUUCUUUUGCUAAACCUCGUAGCACUUGGGGACAUAAAAGCACUGUAAAUUGGGCCAAAUGGUCAACAUAAUCAGCAGGAUCACUUCAAACAAGUGGUUGAUUUUUGUUUUUUGACAGUGGGAUGUCAUGUGGAUAUCAAUAAUGACAGCCUUGGUACUUCAUUUCUCUCAUUGCUGGAUUCAAUUGGUUUCUGUCAGAGUGUAAAUAAACCAACUCAUUGUUUUAACCACA